AUGGCCGAAAAAUACAACUUAUCCUCUGUCGGACCCACACAAAGUUAUUUGAACAGCUCAAGAGCACCUGUAAAGUAUGUGAGAUCUGAGGCUGAUACCCUCAUGUUUUUAAUAUUCUCGGUUUUGCUUGCGUUUGCCAUUUUAUCCGGAAACACGAUGGUUAUGGUCGCUUUCAAGCAUUGCCGAAAACUCCGCCGACGGAGCAACAUGUUUUUAAUCAGUCUAGCAUGCUCAGAUUGCCUCGUGGGCAUCGUGUCCUUGCCUCUCUGGAUUCUCAUCUCCGGUCUCGGAAUCAGCAAAAGUGAAGCUCUUUACUCAUUCUUUAUCAGCUUCGACAUUUUCAGUGCAUUGACCACGGUUUUCCACCUAACGGCCAUCAGCGUGGAGCGCUACUUGUCUGUGUCGAGACCGUUCUUUUACCAACGACUACCACUAUAUUUCUACACUGGAACAAUCGCGGUGGCUUGGAUCUCAGCUGCAUUGGUCGCGUCACUAAGUCCACUGCAAAGUUUAUUCAAACUUCAACGCUUUUUUGCUCCCACAUUCUUCACUGUAGGUUUCCUAGGCCCGCUAUUGAUCAUCAGCGCAAUGUAUGCUGGGAUAUUUCGCAUCGCUCUAUCGCUAAGUCGCCACACACCUGGUAUCACUGAGCAUGCGUGCGAAACAACCUGUAGUGAGAGAAGCCAGUUAAGAAAAGAGAUCAAACUAGCGAUGACUUUGACCGUUGUCUCGGGGUUUUUCUUCCUGGCCUGGCUUCCAUUCUACGUGCUGUUAAUGACCGCGGUGUACUGCCCACACUGCUUGCCGGGAUAUCCUGGUUUACAACGACUGGUUGAUUUUGUCAAAUGGAUGCAUUACUCCAACAGCGCUGUGAAUCCAUUUGUCUAUGUACUCAGGGACCCGGAAGUAAAGAAAGAGUUUAUAAGGUUGAUUCAAAUCAGACGGCUGUCAGCCAGGUUUAGCCAGUCGAGUUCUCGA